AUGAACACCAACAACCAACAAGGCAUCAUUUUGGCGACCACCCCCAACUGCUGCCCCGCGGGAACGCGCAAGGGAUGGCAGUCGGUGGCUGCGGGGGUGAUUGCUGGCUGCGUCACACGCACCACGACCUCGCCCCUGGAUGUGCUCAAGAUCUUGUUUCAAGUGAAAAGUCAAGGGGCUACGACGCUCCAAUCCACAUGCCGCACGCUGUUCCAAACGAGGGGUCUUACGGGGUUUUGGAAAGGCAACUUGGCGGGGUGCUGCCGCCUCGGACCGUACGCUGGCGUCAAGUUCUGUCUAUUUGACCAAUUGCAAUCGCUGGCACACGGGGACAACGACGCCCCGACCAACGUCGGCCGAGUCACGUGUGGCGCGCUUGCGGGCAUAGCAGCGACCUUCAUCGUGUACCCCAUGGAGCUCCUUCGGACGCGACUCAUCGUGUCUCCCGUGCCUCUGACCAUCCGUCUCGAAGCCCGGCGCAUCGUGCAAGCCGACGGCCUCCGGGGGUUCUACCGCGGGUGCACGUCCGGGCUCGUGGGGGUUAUCCCGUUCGAAGGCAUCCAGUUUGCGUGCUACGAGUAUGGCAAAGCGUAUGCGACGACCCAUCGCUGGCCCCCGUGCCGCUGGCCCCAAAACAAGACCCAAUUGCAGACGGUGGACCACCUCGCGCUAGGCAGCAUCGCGGGGGCCGUCGCACAAGUGGUCGCGUACCCGUUGGACACGAUCAAGAAGCGCUUGCAGUUGCAGGGGUCGGGGUCCAACGCCCGAUACGACGGCAUGGUCGACUGCGUCGCCAAAGUGGUGCGAGAGGAGGGGGCGAUGGCCUUGUACAGAGGGACCGUUCCCAACAUGGUGCGCCUCGUGCCGUACGCCGCCGUUAUGUUUGCGUCCUACGAAGCUGCCAAGGACUUUCUCAAGGCGUUGUGA